GGCCUGUUGAGCAGUGUGUUUCUACGGCGCCCUCAGUAUGUGCUGGCAGCAGUGUGCUGUGGUGGGUCCGGCCCUCAUCUUGUCUUCUCCGAGGGAGCCUAUAUUCCGAUGUGGUCCCCGGAUACGAGCCCCAAAUCCCGGCGAGGAAUCCUGAGGAGGGCGGUGUUCUCGGAUGAGCAGAGGAAGGAGCUGGAGAAAACGUUCAAAAGACAGAAAUACAUCAGCAAGACAGACAGAAACAAACUGGCAGCAGAUCUCAGCCUGAAGGAAUCCCAGGUGAAGAUCUGGUUUCAGAACCGGAGAAUGAAGUGGAGGAACUGUAAGGAGAAGGAGGGCCACAGCUGCCGCUCCCCCAUGGAGGAGCUCAUGUCCCGGCGCUGCAACCAGGAAGAAGAACGCAAGGGGGCACCAGAGAGCACGGGCACGCCAUCAGACAGCUCACCGUCACAGCAGCAGGACUCGGACACAGGUGUUACCACAGAGAAAGAGUCAUGCAAGGAACCUGCGACUUUGAAACAGCCACUGAGUCCACACAGAUACACUAUGACCUCUGACCCCUGAGAGGAUGAGAGACUGAAAGAUGGCCGUUGAGCAUUGGAUAAGACGACUAACACUUCAUAACAAGAAAAUCUUGUCAUUUUAAUAUUGUGUGGAUUGCUAUUGUGUAGUAACAUUUUCUAGACUGACUGCAAGUGUUUUGGAAACUUUAUUAUAUCAUACACUGUAUAUAAACACAAACUGAAGGUUAGUCAGCUACACACAACCAUGUACAAAUGCUUUAACAUG